UGAAAUCAAACAAGCAGUGGUCGGAGGUGCUGCGUUAGCUAGCUAGCCACAUUUGUAGUUCGGGUUGAUCCGUAUUGAGCAGCGUUUACGUUUUCUUUACGACACCGAACUGGUUUUUGAAAAGGAGUUUAAAAAGCCUAAAGUUACUCUGCAAUGUUUAUGUAGUCGCGUUCAUCAGGUUUUAGCUGCUAGCUAGCGGUCACGUUACGGCUAAGCUAGCUCCCUGUUUGAGAGCUAGCGUCUCUCUGGGUUUAACUUCUGGGUUAAUCAUCCGUGUUUGUGCAAGAACACGUUGAGAACAUGGACUCCUCUGCAAGGCUCAAGCUGACUAAGGACAUGAAGCUUCAAAGGCCUGAAGUGAAGUUGAACGGUGACGGGCCAAAGCGGAUUCCUGUCCAACAUCAGUCACAGGUUGCUGUAGUUACACCAACUCCGCAUCAGCGGGUUCUAGGUGUGUCAAAUGGACCUCAGCGCAUUCAGCGGCCUAUGACUCACCAGAAACCAGCAUCUCACGUCUCGGUUGCUGUCAAGUCCACUCGCCCCACUGAUCAGAAUGUGAACCCUGCUACUCAGAAUGGAAACCGUGCACCGCAGCCCAAACGUAUUUCUCAACAAAGUCAACCAAAGACAAAUGUGCCCAAGGUGAACCUGGAGCCGGCCAAACCGCCAUCAGAACCGGCAAAGCUGGAGAAGCCACAGAGCAAACCUGCAAAGAAUGAUUCAAACGACUCUGCAUCUAACAGGCGGUGGAGCCUGGAGAAUUUUGACAUUGGCCGUCCCUUAGGAAAGGGUAAAUUUGGCAAUGUCUACCUGGCCAGAGAGCGACAGAGUAAGUUCAUCUUGGCCCUGAAGGUGCUCUUCAAGAAGCAGCUGGAGAAGGCGGGAGUGGAGCACCAGCUGAGGAGGGAAGUGGAGAUCCAGUCUCACCUCAGGCACCCCAAUAUCCUGCGCCUCUACGGUUACUUCCAUGACUCGUCGCGUGUCUAUCUCAUCCUGGAGUUUGCACCCAAGGGUGAACUGUACAGCGAGCUGCAGCGCUGUGGCUGUUUUCCAGAGGCCAGAAGUGCCACAUACAUCAUGGAGCUGGCAGAUGCACUCAACUAUUGCCACACCAAGAAGGUGAUCCACAGGGACAUAAAACCAGAGAACCUGUUACUGGGGGCCAACGGGGAACUAAAGAUUGCAGACUUUGGCUGGUCCGUUCACACUCCCUCCUCCAGGAGAUCUACGCUCUGUGGCACGCUGGACUACUUGCCCCCGGAGAUGAUUGAGGGGAAAACUCAUGAUGAAAAGGUGGAUCUGUGGAGUCUGGGCGUCCUUUGCUACGAGUUCCUGGUUGGAAAACCCCCCUUUGAAACAAAAAGUCACGAGGAGACCUACCGCAAGAUAUCAAGGGUGGAGUACACUUACCCCUCACAGGCCAAUAUCAGUGCUGGAGCCAAAGACUUGGUUGCUAGGCUGCUGAAGCACAACCCAAUGCACAGACUGCCCAUCCAGGGAGUCCUGACCCACCCAUGGGUGGUCGAGAGCGCCACCAAGAAACCCACAACCCUGACCCAGGAAGAGCUCAGCCAGUGAGCCUCUCUGUCCCCUUCAAACCAACACCUGAGGUCUGUACAUGUGAGGGCGCACUAGUGCAGAACACCAAAGCUGUACCAAGGUGUGAAACAUGAACACCAGUGUGCAGCUGAUUUAUCAUAAAUCUGCUUGUACUACAAUAUUGACUAUGAAAUCACUUCAUGUUGAUGUUUCUGUCUGCAGGCAUCUUGAGCCACUUGGUUGACUUUUUUUUUUCCCCUUCCUCUUUUAUUAUCCUUUUCCUUGUUUCGCAUAUGGCAUCUUCUUGCCUGUAAAUAUUUCGCUGUUAUUUUGUGUAAUUAUGAAAAUUUAUUGAGCUUUUCUAAAAUGCCAUUACUUGAAAUAAAAGAUAAGUUAUCUUUCGUGUAAUAUGUCACUUUGGAAUAAAACAGUAUAUGUCUUUCAGUGAAA